CAAACCAGUCAAGUCUGCAUAGUGGAAUUCUUCUACUGCUACGGUGGAGCAGUAAAUUUUCUACAUUGUUAUUAAAUAAUUACCUAAAAUAUAGCACCAGUGUAUUUCUAUUUUAAAACAAAUGUUUUUUUUGUACCAUCUAUAGACAUAUUUAGGAUGUUCAAAUUAUUUUCCAAAAUAGUUGGCAGAAGUUUGCAGCGUCAAGAUGCCUUUCACAGAGAAUGCCAGCAAAAUAUCCAAACUGUCGUGAGUCUAUUUUACACAAAGAAGAUAUGGUUUAGUGAUGGGCCUGUAGCCAAAUCUGACGGAGAUAAUUUUCGCCAUUGCAACGUGGGUACGAUUGGGCACGUGGACCAUGGCAAGACCACAUUAACCUCGGCUAUAACAAAAAUACUCGCUGAGAAGGGCUUGGCACAGUAUCAAUCAUAUGACCAGAUCGACCGGGCGCCCGAGGAAAAAGCUCGUGGUAUAACAAUUAAUGCUUGUCACAUAGGAUACGCAACUACAGAACGAACUUAUGCACAUACCGAUUGUCCAGGCCAUGCCGAUUACAUAAAGAAUAUGAUAUCUGGCGCGUCACAAAUGGACGGCGCAAUUUUAGUAGUAGCCGCCACCGAUGGCCAAAUGCCUCAGACGCGUGAACAUCUUCUACUUGCUAAACAGGUUGGCAUCGAAAGGAUUAUUGUAUUCAUAAACAAAGCUGAUUUAGUUGAUCAGGAAGUAUUAGAACUGGUUGAAAUAGAAAUGCGUGAAAUGCUAACCGAUUUUGGAUUUGACGGAAUUGAAAGUCCGGUAAUCUGCGGUUCAGCAUUGCUUGCAUUAAAUGGCGACACAUCCCCAUUCGGAGUACCGGCUAUUGAAAGUUUGCUCCGACAUUUGGACGCGUACGUGCCGACGCCAAAGCGUGACUAUACAUCUCCAUUUAUAUUGCCCAUUGACAAUGCGUUUACGGUAUCGGGUCGUGGUACGGUGGUCGUUGGCACUCUUAAACGUGGAACUAUGCUUAAAAACGAUUUAGCCGAUUUGCUGGGUUUUAAUCAGAAUAUCAGAACUAGUAUCGGAGAUGUACAAAUUUUCAAGCAAAGUGUGUCGAAGGCGGUGGCAGGUGAAAAUAUUGGUGCAUUAUUGCGUGGUGUUAAAAUCUCAAAUGUGGAGCGAGGCAUGCUAUUGUGCGCAGCUGACACCGAGAAUAUUUCGAAUCACUUCGAAGCAUCCAUCUACCUCUUAUCGCGUGCAGAAGGUGGCCGAACUAAACCUAUGCUAUCUAAAUACAUACAACAAUUAUUUAGUGCAACUUGGAAUGUGCCGGCUCGGAUUGACUUCGUACCAUCCGAUGGUAUGUUAAUGCCGGGCGAGCAUGGAAAGGUGCGAAUUACGUUGCUGCGUAAAAUGGUUCUGAUACCAGGUCAAGCUUUUACAAUAAGAGAAAAUGGCGCGACAGUUGCAACGGGCAUGAUUACAGAACGAAAGCCUUCGCUAGAUAUACCUAAGAAUAAAUUAUCAAAAAUUGUGGUAACUUGUUGAGUUCAUUACAAAAACAGAAAAAAUUUAAAUAAAGUGCGAGUUAUUAAAGUA